AUCAGAUAAAAUAACAAAAAAAUACAGACCCUACUCCCCAACGUCUAUGACGAAUGCCUAUCAUGCAAUUAAGGAGCAUCGAAUGUCUGUAUGGAAAGCAGCUAGGGUAUACUGUGUUCCGGAAACCACACUUAGACAAAGAGCAUUAGGGAGAGUUGACCCUGAAAAAUUAACAUCUGGAGUUUCUCCCAUUCUUUCCCAAGAGGAAGAAGCUGCAUUGGUUGAACAUUUAAAGGUAAUGGCCAGUUGUGGGUACGGAUACACCAGAACAGAAGUGGUAAACAUGGCCUCAGAAUAUGCCUGCAGUUUGCAGAAACGUGAUAGAGAUCAUCCGUUUUCAAUGAAAUGGUUCAAGGGCUUUAUGCAGCGGUGGCCAGAACUUAACGUUUCAAAGCCUCGAGCAUUAUCGGCUGCCAGGGCAAAGUCAACUUCGGAAGAAGUAGUCUCAAAUUACUAUCGUGAAUUAGAAACCAUUCUUAAGAAGUACGACCUAGUCGAUAAACCUCAGUGCAUAUACAACAUAGAUGAAAAGGGGCUACAAACAGAACACAGACCACCCUGUAUUGUGGGUUCUAAGAUGUCAACAACACCUGCUAUAACAUCGCCCAGAUCUUCUACAGUAACUGUCAUAGGUUGUGGCAAUGCGUUAGGCACACAGAUGCCUCCGUAUUUCAUUUUCCAAGGGGCUCGAAUGAGACAGGAAUUGAUGGAUGGUGCAACGGAGGGUGCUCAAGGCACAGUGACAGACAGUGGUUGGUCGAACUCUGCAGUCUUUCAGACUUACUUAUCUGAACAUUUUCUUAAAUAUGUUCAAAGACCAAAUGAAAACCAACCCAUCCUCAUUCUUUACGAUGGACACAAAUCACACAUCAAUCUAACGCUUGUUGACUGGGCAAAGCGACACAAUAUUGUUUUAUUUGUUCUCCCUGCCCAUACCAGCCAUGUACUACAACCUCUUGACCUUGGAUGUUUCGGCCCAUUUCAAAAAAUCUAUAAUGCAGAAUGCCAUAAAUUUUUACGCGAAAAUCCAUCUUCAAAAAUUACAAGAUAUAAUAUUUGCUCGUUAGCUUGUAAAGCUUAUGCGCAUGCGCUUUCACAAGGAAAUUUGCAGUCCUCAUUCCGGCGCGCUGGAAUUUUUCCAUUGGAUAAAAAUGCAGUGGACCAUUCAAAUUUUGCACCAUCUGUAGUUUUUUCCACAGCAGAAAAAUGUCCAGAUCAAGAUGCAACUUCUUCAACUUCUUCAACUUCUUCAACUCAAGCAAAUUCAAGCACAAUAUCGGAUCCUAAAUCAUUCUUUAAAGUACACACAAAUCCUAUUUUGAACAAAACAAAAUCUGUUCUAGCUGAAAGAAGAAACAUUAGCAAAGUUGUAAGUGGUAAACCAAUUACAGAAGACGGUGUUGUGCAAGAAAUGAAAAAUUACUCUGAAACAAAACAAACGUCAAAAAGAAAAGAAAAAACUACUUCAAGAUGUUCUACAAGUAAGGAAUUAUGUGGAAAGAAAAGAAAACACAGCAUUUCUGAAUCCUCUGAUAUCGAUGAUACAGAGGAUGAAAAAGAGAAAUGCUGUGUUUGUCAACACUUUUGGCCAGAGGAGAUUAAGGAAUGUGACUUAGUGGUUUUUGUAAAGUGGGCUCAGUGUAGCUUUGGAAACUGUAACCAUUGGACCCACUUGCAGUUUUGCUGUAAAACAAGAGUAAUAAGACGUGGAGAUGAAUUUAUUUGUCCCUGUCACAAUAAAUAA